AUGGAAAAAUCGUGUUUCUUAUUCGAUGAGUCAGAUGAGGAAGAUAUAAUUGAAUCCAUUGAUGAAUCUGGUUUGGGAAAGGAAGUGACAUUACCUGCUUUAAAAGAUUCAAAAAAGAAAAUUGAU